GGAAACUUUGAAGAAGGAGAAACUGCUCUGGAAGGAAACAAUAAGAAAUGGAAUUUCUUUUUACUUAGAAUUUAAAAAACUUUAGCUACUCUUUUCAUCAGCUAAACAGGCGCUUUCCUAACUAAGCUGGGACUCUGUAUGAUAAAGGACCUACUUUAUCUCGCUGGAUCCAUGCUACCUUUUACUACAUAUGUUCUUGAGGAAGAAGUGCAGAUAUGGAUCAUGCAAGCUGCAGUUUCUCUUGUUGUUGCUGAUGCUGGGCUUUUUGCUCCUGAUGGUUACAACGCUGAAUCCACCACCCGGCAACCAGAGCAAGGAAGGGACUUUCCAGCCUGUGGAGUUCAGCCCGCGGGAAGGGUAUCAGGUGGACUUUGCGGAGACCCAAGAGAUGCUGGAGACCCAGGAGGAGAGCCAGCAGUAUUACCCUUUGGAUGGGCUAUCGCCUUUCAUCUCCCUGCGGGAGGAUGAGUUGAUCGUGGCCGUGGUGUCGCCCACCGGCAAAAGGAACCACAGCAAGGCCAGGAAGGGCUAUCGGGUGGUGAAGCAGCAGAGCCGGCGGCCGCAGGCGAGGGCAGAGGGGGGCCCGGCGCCCCAGCUCCUGCCCCGUCCUCUGCAGGCUGGGGAAGGGGCUGCUGCGGGGGAGCGCCCGCUCGGCCUGGAAACCCACGGCUUUAACGAAGCGCUCAGCGAGCGGCUCUCUCUGCGCAGGGAGCUGCCUGAGGUACGGCACCNNNGAUGCCUGCAGCAAGAAUAUGACUCCAGUCUGCCUACUGCUAGUGUCAUCAUCUGUUUCCAUGACGAAGCCUGGUCUACUCUGCUGAGAACCGUGCACAGCAUUAUGGACACAGCCCCGAAGGCCUCCCUCAAGGAUAUCAUCCUAGUCGAUGAUCUCAGCCAGCAAGGGCCCCUAAAGUCAGCUCUGAGUGAAUACAUCUCUAAGCUGGAUGGUGUGAAACUCAUCCGGAGCAACAAGAGGCUUGGAGUCAUCCGAGGUCGGAUGCUAGGAGCUGCACGGGCGACGGGGGACGUGCUCGUCUUCAUGGAUUCACACUGCGAGUGUCAGAAGGGCUGGCUGGAACCCCUCCUAGCCAGGCUGUCCAGCAACCGAAACAGUGUCGUCUCCCCUGUCAUAGAUGUCAUAGACUGGAAGACUUUUCAGUACUAUCACUCUGUGCGCCUACAUCGAGGUGUUUUUGAUUGGAAACUAGAUUUUCAUUGGGAACCAGUGCCAGAGCGUGAAGAGAAGGUACGACAGUCUCCCAUCAGCCCUAUCAGGAGUCCUGUGGUAGCUGGUGCAGUGGUGGCCAUGGAUCGACAUUACUUCCAAAACACAGGAGCUUAUGAUUCUGACAUGACCAUGUGGGGAGCAGAAAAUCUGGAGCUAUCUAUAAGGACCUGGCUCUGUGGUGGCUCUGUAGAAAUUAUUCCAUGCUCCCGAGUUGGGCAUGUCUAUCGAAAUCACUUUCCCCAUGCUUUCUCCUAUGAAGACGCCAUUGUGAGGAACAAAAUCCGAAUAGCAGAGACCUGGCUGGGCUCUUUUAAAGAGAACUUCUACAAGCACGACACAGUGGCUUUCUUAAUCAGCAAGGCAGAGAAGCCAGACUGCAGUGAGCGCCUUCAGCUACAAAAGAGACUGGGCUGUAGAAGUUUCCAAUGGUUUGUAUCAAAUGUGUACCCUGAACUCUCCCAACCUGAAGACACACCAAGAUUCUCUGGCAAGCUUUACAAUACUGGUGUUGGCUUCUGUGCAGAUUACAGACCUGGAAGAGCCACUGCACAAGGCUCUAUUGAACUCUCCCCUUGCAGUGACAGUCUCACCCAGCACUUUGAAUAUAACAGCAUGAAGGAAAUCCGGCUUGGUUCUGCUCCGCUGUUUUGCUUUGAUGUCAGACACGGGAAGGUUAUCCCUCAAAACUGUACAAAGGAGACAGACAACAGCCACCAGCACUGGGAUUUCCAGGAGAAUGGAAUGAUUGUCCAUGUCCUUUCUGGCAAAUGCAUAGAGGCAGCGAAGAGUGAAGAUGAGAAGGACUUGUUUUUGUGUGUAUGUAACAAGAAUGCAAAUCAGGUCUGGCAAUUUGAACGUUCCCAUUUGCUACAUCAGAGAUGACUGACAGCUCUCUGUGGAGGUCAAGUCUCCAAAAUUUAACAUUACUUCAGUUUGGGAUUUAAGCUACAUUUCCUGCACGGACAAGACAGACGUUUGUGUUUGCUGUAGCAUGCAGGGAAGUUAGGAAGGUCUCUCCUUUGAAAGCCUGGCUCAAAUAGUUGCCGCCAGUUCCUGGUUUAUUCAGCUCUAGCUAAAAUUUCUAUUUAUUCUGUGAAGCAGGGAAU